AUGCAGCUGCCAGAGGGAGCGAUGCAACUACCAGAGGGAACGGUACUCCACAACCCGGAGAAUGGGUCAAAUUCUUCUCCGAACUCGAACAACUUGACACAGGUGACAGAUGAGACGGCAAUCGCAAUCAUCGGUAUUGGUAAGAACUUCCUGUCUUAUAUCAAUUUGGAGACACAUACUUUGAUGUACCUCUGUUCAUACAUCAAGACUAACCUGAAGUCUUGCAAUAUCCUAGGUUGUCGAUUACCUGGUGACAUAUCCAGUCCAUCCCAGCUGUGGGAUUUCUUGAUUCAAGAACGAUGUGCAGCUGGCCCGGUUCCUUCCUCACGCUUCAACAAUAAUGCUUAUUCUGGCGGUAAAGAUGAGCCCGCCACCACCGUGGGACCAGGCGGAUACUUCCUAAAAGAGGAUGUUCGUCAGUUUGAUAAUCUGUUCUUCGGCAUCAACAAUCGAGAAGCGGCCGAUAUGGAUCCAGAACAGCGAAAGCUACUUGAGGUUGUCUUUGAGUGUUUUGAAAGUGCAGGAUAUUCUCUCAGUGAACUCUCUGGGGCGGACGUUGGAUGCUAUGUUGCUACUUUUCUACAGGACUAUGCCGCACUACACAGUAAGGAUCCAGAAUGGUUAACUCGCUACUCAGCAACCGGUAUGGGAGCAGCCAUUCUUGCGAAUCGAGUGAGCCACGCCUUUAAUCUGAAAGGUCCCAGCUUGGCUAUCAAUACUGCGUGCUCUGCAUCAAUUUACGCAUUACAUCAGGCCGUUUCAGCACUGAAGAGUCAUGAAUGUGAUUCAGCAGUGGUAGCAGGUGUAAAUCUCAUCCUGUCCCCAGAUCUUCAUGUUUCUGUCUCACAAGGUGGCGUUCUUGGACCCACUUCGGUCUGCCACACAUUUGACGAAUCUGCAGAUGGAUAUGGUCGUGCGGAGGCUGUGAAUGCGAUAUAUAUUAAGCGACUUGAUGAUGCUGUCCGCGAUGGUGACCCAAUUCGUAGCAUCAUCCGUGGAGUUGCUGUCAACAGCAACGGCCACACUCCUGGAAUCACGCAACCAAGUGUCGAUGGUCAAAUUUCUGUUGCACAAAAGACCUACCGCCAAGCUCGCUUGAAACCUUCAGACACAGCCUAUGUAGAAAUGCACGGGACUGGCACAGCUGUCGGGGACGUCAUGGAAGCUCAAUCAAUUGCCGGGGUAUUUCUAGGAGAGCCUCGUAACUCACCUUUACAUGUGGGUGGUGUCAAGCCAAACCUUGGCCAUUCGGAGGCUGCAAGUGGCUUAACCAGCGUGAUAAAAGCAAUACUGUCCUUCGAACAGGAGCUAUUACCGCCAACAAUUGGCGUCGUCAAUCUGAACCCCAAACUCCAAUUAGAUAAACACGGCAUUCAACUUGUUACACGAGCAACGCCAUUCCCUAAGCCAGGCCCAGGACUAGGCCGCCGCAUCAGCAUCAAUUCAUUUGGGUUUGGAGGGGCGAAUGCCCAUGGCAUUAUUGAGGAUGCAGGCCUAUACUCAGCAUUUACCACAAGCUGCUUACAAGGGGACGAUUCAAACAAUGUGCGGAACAUAGUUGACAGUGUCAGGCCAUAUUUAAUACCAUUUUCUGCCAAUGACAGUUACUCUUUGGAGCAACGCGCUGAGCGGUUGUCACAGCUGAGUCUUCGACCAGGCGUCACAGCAGAUCUAGCCUACACUCUGGGUGAGCGUCGCUCUCAUCUGAAGACACGCGGCUAUAUUAUUGCGCGUCCGGCGACACUUGAUCAGGAUCUGAAAAUUGAAAAUCUUCGAGUCGCCAGUUCAGCAGGUCAUGCUAUCUCUGAAAGUCACAAAUUUUUAUCUGUUUUCACUGGGCAAGGAGCUCAGUGGGAAGGCAUGGCAGACGACUUGCUGCAAAUUCCAAUCUUUGUCAACGCUAUCUUUCAGAUGGAGAAAGCGCUCGCAGCGCUACCCUAUCCGCCAUCCUGGAAAAUCUCUAUAAUUCUCAAAGAUCGGUCCAAUGAUUCCCCCAUCAAUGAAGCGGCCUUUGCGCAGCCAGUGACUACUGCGGUGCAAAUUGGAGUUGUCGAGGUUCUGAGAGCAUUGGGUAUCUCAACGCACGGCGUUAUUGGCCACUCUUCCGGUGAAAUUGCAGCUGCCUAUGCCGCCAACAUGAUCGACCUACGUGAGGCGAUCACCCUUGCCUAUUAUCGAGGAUACGCAGUAACCCGAUGCGCGCCGAUUGGAGCUAUGGCGGCCGUGGGACUUAAUCCUGAGGAAGCUGAGAAGUGGAUUCAAACAAUCACCGAUGGAAAAUCCCGUAUUCGAGUAGCUUGCAUCAAUUCUCCAGAAAGUGUGACCAUCAGCGGCAACUGCAAUGCUCUAGAUGCCCUUAUCUCGUUACUUACCGCUGAGGGAAUAUUUGCACGCAAGCUGAAGACGGGUGGAAAGGCAUACCAUUCCCACCAAAUGGAAGCCGUCGGACCCACUUAUGAGACUCUGCUUCAGGGUGCCAAUGUUUUCACUGUUGAUCGAAUUUCAAGCAAAGAUGCAAACCAGGAUGAUGCAUGCAUGUUUUCAACCGUACUCCGCCAGAAGGUUGACAAAUCCGAAGUCCGUACCGCGUCCUAUUGGCGACAGAACCUGGAAUGCCCAGUACACUUCUCUGAUGGCCUUCUUGGGCUGUCUGCCUUGUUCGAUGACUUUUCUUUCAUAGAAAUUGGCCCACACACCGCGAUGAAGAUGCCAAUUUUGCAAACCUUGGGUAAAUCUACCUCUUACUUCGGAACACUCAAACGUGGACAGGAUUCCUUGACCUCUUUGCUGGAACUCAUGGGAAAUCUUUUCACAAGUGGAUUUCCAGUGAGCUUCCCGAAGCUACAGCACCUUUAUCCAACCCAAAGUUCUCCACUCAAAGUACUCCACGACCUUCCCACCUAUCCUUGGCAUUAUGAAAAGAUUCGGUGGAAUGAAUCUCGUGUCAGUCGCGAGUCUCGUGAAAGGAAAUUCCCACGUCAUGAGCUGCUGGGUACCCCCAUACCUGGAGGUGACUUGGUCACAUUUGGCUGGCGAAACCGGCUUCGCCUUGACAAUGUGCCGUGGCUCAGAGACCACAAACUGGGCGAGGAGACUGUUUUCCCAGCAACGGGAUAUCUUGCCAUGGCUGUGGAAGCUCUUCUCCAAGUGCGUGAAGUUGACAUGAAUAGAGAUUUAACUGAAUAUUCAGUUACCUUCCAGCAUGUGGAUUUGCCUAAUGCGCUUUCCGUUGGUGAUCAGGAUGUGAUUGAGCUUUAUACUGAAGUCUCUCCCCAGAAAAUCACGAGUUUGACAAUCUCACGGGACAAUCUGGACUUCCGGAUUUCAACAAUUGGUGGCGAUACUUCCACUAUCCGUGCCAGUGGAACCAUCAAGCUAGAAAAGGGAUCAGCUCUUUUGGAUCAGCACAUGCCACCUCACCCCGACUGUCGCCUUGUUUCCAAGAGCUCGCGGAUGUGGUAUGAAAGUAUGCACAAAUGUGGUCAGCGUUACGGGCCCAAUUUCCAGCACAUGAAGGAAAUCCUUACCCCAGACAACAAGGGUGGUUUGUUCGCACAGGCUACACUGGAGAGUGUUUCCUCCGUGCUUCAAGGCAUACAGUCCUCGCCUCGCUAUUUGAUUCAUCCGGCAAUCCUGGAUAAUGUCCUGCAGGCUGGCCUGGUAGCUUCUGCUGGAGGUCAGCUCGAUUUGAUGGUUGCCAAGGUGCCAAAGAGCUUUGGUCGUAUCAGUCUUAGAGCGCCUUUGUCCGCUCAUAACGAGGCAACAAUUCACUCAGCAUCAUCGGUGACAGGUUUUGGAAGCAAUGAUGUUCACACAGUCGUAUUAGACUCAGACCAGAGGUCUUUGGUCAUGAUCGAUAAAAUGAGCAUUACCAAAUAUUCCGGCAGUGAACAAAUGGAGGAAGAUCGGCAUCCAUUGUAUCGAUUCGUCUGGAAGCCAGACAUUGACCACAUUCAAACCGAUGCGGCAUUCUCUGCCGCCAUAGAUCAUGUUCGCUCCAAUACAGAUCUUGGAAUUCUGCCAAAUUCUAUCAGGGAUAUUACGAUGGCCAUCGAUCUUGUUGUACACAAAAACCCGAGCGCCGAUAUUCUCUUCCUCUCCUCGGAUCUAUUGUGGGCGGCCCUGGUCUUGUCAAAAUUGCUCAUGGCGGAUACUGCGCAGCCGCGGCUCAAUUCCUUCCACUUGGGGCAAUUCAGCUCAGAUGGUCAGUUGGAAGUAGCUGAACUCCAGCGCUUUGCUUCACCAUUUGAAAUGGAAUCUUUUUCACAGUUUUCUUUGGCAUCUCCGGACCAGAAAUUUGAUCUUGUUGUUUUGGAUGAACAAUCACCACAUCUCGACAGUCUGGCUCCUUACACAGAAGCUUGCACACGUAUUGUCCACGCCAGCCCUGGCGCCAACCGUCUUUCAAGUGAGACUUUUAACGUUACCCACUCUCUUCCGACCGGUAUAGGCUCAAACGUUAGGAUUCUUCGUCCAACUUCAAAGCGGGAAAUCCUUCCUACCCAAGAGUUCGAUAGUGUCCUGCUUAUUGCUCGUACACCAAGCCAUGAAGACGAUGACCAUUUGCAGAAUUGUCUGAGUGAUGAACUCUCCCUACCCGUUGAAAAGCGUGAGUUAAGUGAACUCGGAAAUAUCAGCAUCAGCAGUUCCACACUUGUUGUCUCCACUGUAGAGCUUCAGCAUGACAUAAUGGGACGAGCUACACCAGAGGAUUUUGCCGCAAUUCAACAUGUCUUGGCGAAGCCAGUCAAGAUGGUUUGGGUCAGUGGUUCUGGAGUUCACGAGGGGAGUGAUCCAACUCGGGCUAUCUUUCAUGGGUUAGCACGGGCAAUCAUGAUUGAACAACCAGCAACAGAAAUAUUCUCUCUGGAACUCGAUCCAUGCGCAAGCCCGACUGAUAUCUCCAAUUAUGUAACCCAAGUCAUUACAAGAACUGAAGGCUGCCCACCAGACUACGAAUACCUUCAAAGCAGCUCUGGCCUCCUUGUCAGCCGCGCUGUCCCAGACGAGCCCAUGAACGAUGCCUUCCGUAAUAAGGAGCGAGGAAAGGCUGUUUUACAACCCUUGAGCAGUGCAGGACCAGUGUCCCUCUCCAUGGACAAGCCUGGCCAGCUACAGUCCGUCCAAUUCGUCAAGAAGCGUGAGCAAAGUCUUGGGCCGGAUGAUGUUCUGGUCAAGGUUCUGUACAUUGGUCUGAAUGCGAAGGAUGUAUAUGUUUUGGCAGGUAGAAUGGAAACACCUGAUGCUGUUUGCAGCGGCGAGUAUACCGGAAAGGUUUUGGCCAUCGGGUCAGCUGUUCGUGACCUUUCCGUGGAUGAUCAUGUUGCUGUCAUGUAUCCCGGCCAUUUCAGCACACACGAGGUCGUUCCAUCUCAAAACUGUGUUCGACUGAAUUCCCAGGAUGACUCACGCAGUCUUGCAUCAGUUCCUGUUGUCUUCACGACCGCUCUCUAUGCUCUAGAGCAUCGUGCCCAGCUGCAACCCGGCGAGUCAGUCUUGAUCCACUCUGCUACAGGCGGUGUCGGAAUUGCAGCUAUUCAAAUCGCAAAAUCCAUGGGAGCAGAGAUAUUCGCAACAGUUGGCACUGAAGAGAAGAAAAAAUACCUGGUUGAAAACUUUGGAAUCCAGCCAGAUCACAUUCUGAGUUCUCGUGAUUCUUCAUUUGCAGCUGGAAUCCGCUCAUUGACAAACGGUCGUGGCGUGAACGUCGUUCUCAACUCGCUUGUUGGUGAACUGCUUUUGGAGAGCUGGAGCUGUUUGGCUGACUUCGGACGGUUUGUGGAAAUUGGCAAAAAGGAUAUCAGAGAGCACGGCCGACUGCCCAUGGACCCGUUCAAUCGAAAUGCUACCUUCACAGCCUGCGAUUUGAGCCAACUGGCGGCCUCGACAUCUCCUGUCAUGAAAAGCUUGUUCCACCGACUUCUUUCUCGUGUUAUAUUCCUAACCCGCAAGUUAGGGCCAGCAUUACGCCAUUUCAACGAUCAAGCUCGCAUAGGCAAAGUUCUCAUUUCUUUUGAAGACCAAAAUGCCAUGAUCCCAGUUGUACCAGAGCGUUUCACUACACAUCUACACCCAGAUAAGUCUUAUCUGAUGGUUGGAUGCUUAGGUGGAUUGGGUCGUAGUCUAUCCCAAUGGAUGGUCCGCCGCGGAGCGAAAAGUUUCAUCUUUCUUGGACGCAGUGGAACAAAGAAACCUGCUGCAAAGCGUCUGAUUGAAGAUCUUGAGCAACAGGGUGCACGAUGCAUUGUCAUCCAGGGAGACGUGACUAACCCUGAUGACGUCGAAAAGGCUGCAUCGGCUGCCCCUCUUCCCUUGGGAGGUGUCGUACAUGCUGCAAUGGGACUCCAUGAGGCCAUCUUCUCUGAAAUGACACAUGAGCACUGGCGUGAGGGUACAGCAGCAAAGCUCGAGGGAGCUUGGAAUUUGCACAAUGCUCUCUCACAGUCAGACCGGGAACAUCACUUGGAUUUCUUCGUUAUGACCAGCUCAAUCAAUGGCAAGAUUGGCACCGCCACGGAGAGCAAUUACUGUGCGGCGAACAAUUUUCUGGAUGUGUUUGCUCGUUACCGCCGGCAACUAGGUUUGCCUGCAGUCUCAAUUGGGCUUGGAGCAAUUGCAGAGAUUGGCUAUCUGCAUGAACACAGUCAUAUUGAAGAAUUGCUGCUUCGAAAAGGAAUUCGCUUCCUUACCGAGAGUGAUGUGCUACAAAUAUUUGAUCUUGCACUUUCGGAUUCCCCUACUUCAGCUCAUCCCUCAGAUACUGUGACGCAGUCCCUUUUACUCUCCGGAGUAGAGAUGACUACCUUGCAACGAAACCACAAUCAAGGCUAUCAAAUGUCUUGGCAUUCACUCUCUGAUGUGCGGUUUUCUAUCCUGGUAAAUUCAUUGAAGCGUUCUUCUGGUCGCACGGCUGUUGAAGGGAAAGGCACACAUGAAUCUGCACUACGUAGUGCAUUUGCUGCCAAGGAUGAGGCUCAAGUGAUCGCGGUAGCACAAGAGGCCGUGACGCAGAAGCUUUCCUUCAUGGUUCUCAUACCGGUUGACAAGAUCAAUGUUAAUGCGUCCUUGUCUGACUUUGCCAUGGACAGCAUGUUGGCAUCGGAGCUACGGCAGCAUAUCUUCAGCGUGGCCAAGGUCGACAUAUCUUUCCUCACGAUAAUGAGUCCCCAAACCACUGUAUCUAGCUUGUGUGCAAUGAUUGCCACUCUCUUGCUGCAGGCGCCAGCAUGA